GCAGAAUCGAGUCGCCGACCUGGAAAAUAUAGUUUCCGUGGCUAGCAGAGAUACUGGGACUGACCUUCGAACUUUUUUUGCCCACUACUCCGAAUUAAAGACAGAGUAUGGUAAAAUGGCUUUGAAACUUAAAGCAGAAGAAGAAACACGGUUGGCUUCGGAUCAGCGUGUGGUGGAAAUGCAAUCUGAGAACGACAGUUUCAAAACGGUCAUCAGUGAGCUCCAGAGAGAGGCUGCAAAGCUCGAAGUCUGCCAGCCGCAGACUCUACGAGCCUUGUUGACGCUAAGACUUGUCGAGCAAACUUGGAAUGUACAGCCAAACGAUGGAACACUCGAGCAACCUGAUCAAUUUCAGAAUUGGCUCCCAUCAGGACUCUCCCAGAACUCGUUCGACGGAAUCUGCAGUCCUGCCGAGAUUCAGAGGCUCGCUGGCACUUUACCAAAAGGCCCUUCAUACAAUCGGUUCUAUCAGCGACUCAGACUCACGGUAUGCACAACAUGCUCCAAAGCUAAGUUCAGCUUCAAGGUCGAUGCGAAUCCCAACUUCAACUCAGUGAAGUGGCUUAAUGAGUAUGUCGGCAAAACUCGAUACUUUUCCUGCUGCCACGAAGAGGUGUGCAAGGACUGUUUCAAAACCCAUUUGCUCGCCACCCUUGAAACGAAAUGGUGGUACAAGCUUGGGACGCCUCAGUGGUUCCCAUGUCCACGAGAUGGCUGCGAAAAUCCUCUCAAUAUACGUUGUGAAGCAGAUUUAGAAACUUGUCUCGAGCAAAUUUGCGGGACUGAAGCUGAACAGCAUGUCAAAAUAUAUGUGAAGGCCCUCGCCUUUCGAGAAGCUUUAGGGUCACUUGAACCCAAACCCAGCCAUGACGGGCUCAAGAGAGCAGCAGAGCUACACGAAAAACUGUUGACAGUAAAUAAAUUGUACAGCCUCUUUGAUCCUAGAUUCGAUCCGCCAUUAGUCGAUGAGACUGGCUGCAUGCCAGAGUUUAAACCUGGAACGAUAUUUAAUUGCAUCAUGGACAAUAAGCCGUCUCCAAUACCACUCUUCCUAAAGUUUCUCCGCCGUCGAAGCAGACCAAAAUCAUGUAUGGUUUGUUGCAAGAGCAUAUUCGAUAUCGAUUAUGGCGAUGUGGAAACAUGGAAGAGCUUGUGCGCCCUCUUCGAGGGGGCAUGGAUGUGGAAUAUCCUCGUCUUUCCGACAAGUGAGAUUCAACAAUGCGAUCACGAUUUCGAAGUCUGCAGAGCUUGUACAGCAGAAUAUCUCCGUGGCUCACUGGUAAGUGGCGGAGCAUCUGCGUGUAAGAACUUGUCUUGCCCGCAAUGUAAUAGGAAGCUCGACUAUCAAGAAAUCCACAAGCUUGCGGACGCUGAAACGUUUGCUAAAUAUGAAAAGUUUCUCUUACAGACCCUUCUCUCCAACGAGCCAGGUUUCCGAUGGUGUCUCGCACCACUCUGUGAAAAUGGUCAACUAUACCAGCGAGAUCCUGUCAACCCUAAGAUUUCGUGCGAAGAGUGUAGCUUCCAGAUGUGCUUCAAGCACGAAAUCCCUUGGCACCGCGGACUUACCUGCGAUGAAUACGAAAGCCAGAGAGACCACGGUGAUCCAAGUUUUGCAGAGACACGAGAGUGGAUUCGGACGAAUACGAAGCCUUGUCCUCGCUGUCAAACCCCGAUUCAAAAAGGACCAGAUUGUUUUCAUAUGACGUGUGGGCAGGGGGAGUGUAACCAUGAGUUCUGCUGGCAGUGCCUUGCUGAUUGGGCGGAUAUCAGAACGCAGGGACAGCAGGGCCAUGCCGAGGGUUGCUUUUUUCGAACUAGCAAUCUUCGCCCCACGGGAAUUCGAGGAGAAAAUAUCGAAGAUGCUCUUCGUGCGAGAAACGCGGAGUGAAGAGUUACGUUUGAAGAAUUCCAUGAGAUCCCUUCGAUCAAAAAGUACAAAGAACGCAUAGAGGCACGUGUUGACAAAACCGAAAUAAUGGAUGCGAAGUGCUUUGGUCAGGUAUUUUCGGGAAUAUCUCUCUUUCCAAGUAACAGCAGAGAAAAAGACAUAGUAUUCAUUUAGGAAUAUAUAUCAGAGAUUACCC